AUGGGAGUGGGUUUGACUUGUCCUUUUGGCAUUUCCUCAGCCUGCGGAGCCCAGGCCUCUUGGAACAUCUUUGAGGCUGACACAGAGGAGGUUCCGGGCACACGUGGCCACUCCAGCCAGGAGGCUGCCAUGCCCCACAUUCCUGAGGAAGAAGAGCCCCCCGGAGAGUCCCAGACAGCCCAGAGCCAAGUAAGUGAUUCUCCCCCUCUAGGAAUAUCUUGCAGCCCACCCACCAUCAUCCUCUCUGGGGAUGCCAGUUCACGAGAAGGAGAAACUGACAGAAACCUGGUUAAUAGAACACCCAGUCCCCACAGGAGGCUUUCUCACCGACACUUGAAAGUUUCCACUGCUUCCCUCACUUCUGUGGACCCUGCAGGCCACAUCAUUGACCUAGUGAAUGACCAGCUGCCAGAUAUUAGCAUCUCAGAGGAAGACAAGAAGAAAAACCUGGCACUGCUGGAAGAAGCCAAGUCAGUCAGUGAGCGCUUCUUGACCCGGCGUGGGAGGAAGUCUCGAAGCAGUCCUGGAGACUCCCCUUCAGCUGUUUCCCCAAACCUCAGUCCUGGAGCUUCUCCUGAGUCUUCUAGAAGCAACUCACUUACCAUCCCUACACUGCCUGGUCUCGACACAUGUAUCAGCUCACAGUCCCCACUUCCUGGAGCACAGCCACAGAAGGGGAAUGAAGCAGAAGUCUUGUUGCCUCACCCGGGCGAGUCUCAUGUUCCCAAAGGGCUAGCUGACCGUCAACAGAAUGACCAGAGGAAAGUGUCUCCGGGCAGGCUGUCUCCUCGCUCUCCCACAGUUGAGAAGUCCAAAGACAUUGCAAUAGAACAAAAGGAAAAUUUUGACCCCCUCCAGCACCCUGAAGCCACUGCCAAAAGCCCUUCAGGCACCAGUUUUGGGAAAAUGGCCCUGAACAGCCCCCCAUCAGGCCCUGUGGAGAGUGAGUCAGGCAAACUGCUCCUGAAGACAGCCAGGGAUGGCAACCCUCUGCCCAGGGGCCCUAACCAAGGCUCUGGAGGGGCUGUUCCCCACCCCCCUCAGGGAAAAGGGACAGCUGGAGAGCCAGCAGGAUCCAAGGUUAGCUCCAAAUCUGAGCUUCGGUCCCCUGGAUCCAGGCCCCCCUUGCAGCGGGGAGUAUCUUGGGACAGCAGCCCCGAAGAGUCUGGCCCUCGGAUACAGAAGGUGCUUGCCAAGCUGCCUCUGGGAGAGGAAGAGAAGCAUUUUGCAAGUAAAGUCAGCAGCAAAUUGGCUAAGACACCUGGACUCAAAGACUUACAGAUACAAGUGCAGCCCGUGAGGAUGCAGAAGCUAACCAAGCUCCGCGAGGAACACAUCCUGAUGAGAAAUCAGAACUUAGUGGGACUUAAGCUUCCAGAACUUAGUGAAGCAGCUGAGCAGGAAAAAGGGAUCCCUUCUGAGCUCAGCCCACCUCUUGAGGAAGAAGAAUCAAAGAGUGGCUUGAAUGUCAUGCCCAAUAUUUCAGACGUGCUGCUGCGAAAAUUGCGGGUCCACAAAUCUCUCCCUGGAAGUGCCCCUCCACUCACAGAAAAGGAAGUUGAGAACGUGUUUGUACAACUGUCCUUGGCCUUUAGAAAUGACAGCUACACCCUGGAAUCUAGAAUUAACCAGGCUGAAAGGGAACGGAAUUUGACAGAGGAGAACACAGAGAAGGAACUGGAAAACUUCAAAGCUUCCCUUACGUCUUCAGCUUCCCUAUGGAACAACUAUGAGCAUCGAGAGACCUACCAGAAGCUUCUGGAGGACAUCGCUGUGCUGCACCGCCUGGCUGCCCGCCUCUCCAGCAGGGCCGAGAUGGUGGGCGCUGUCCGCCAGGAAAAGCGCAUGUCAAAGGCCACAGAAGUGAUGAUGCAGUAUGUAGAGAAUUUGAAGAGGACGUAUGAGAAGGAUCAUGCAGAGCUCAUGGAGUUUAAGAAGCUUGCAAAUCAGAACUCAAGUCGCAGCUGUGGCCCCUCUGAAGAUGGGGUCCCACGCACAGCACGAUCCAUGUCCCUCACUCUGGGAAAGAAUAUGCCUCGCCGAAGAGUCAGUGUUGCUGUGGUUCCCAAGUUCAAUGCUCUGAACCUUCCAGGCCAAUCUCCUAGUGCAUCCCCCAUCCCUUCCUUACCAUCCCUGUCAGAAUCACCAAAUGGGAAAAGCAACCUACCUGUUACCUCAGCACUGCCCGCACUUUUGGAAAAUGGUAAAACAAAUGGAGACCCAGAUUGUGAACCCCCUGUUCCUGUGCCCACUUCAAGCUUCCCGGAGGAGAUUAGCCAGGAGACCAAGGCAAGGGUGGAGGAAGAAGCCUAUAACAAGAGUUACCAGGAAGGUCUAAAGAAGACCAGUGAGCUUCAAGACCUGAAAGAGGAGGAAGAAGAAAUAAAGAGUGAGAAUCCUGAGGAACCUGAAGAGGAGGUAGAAGAAACUGAGGAGGAAGAAAAGGAACAGAGAAGCAGCAAACUUAAAGAAUUGGUCCAUUUGUUACAAGUCGUGUAUCCCAAACUGUGUCAGCACUGGCAAGUCAUCUGGAUGAUGGCUGCAGCAAUGUUGGUCUUGAUGGUCAUUCUGGGGCUCUACAAUUCCUAUAACUCUUGUGUGGAACCAGCUGACAUGUCCCCUGGGAUGUCCUCUUGCUCUACAGCCCAACGGGACUCCUGGUGGGGUUCAGGACUCCAGCAUGAGCAGCCUACAGAGCAAUAG